AUGCUUUUUAAAAAACGAAAAUCUAACCAAUCUGGUCCUGCAACUCCCUCACCACCAAAGAUGAAGAAAUCAAGAAGUGCUCGAGAUUUGUUUCAUAAAUUAUCCAAAACUCCUAAACUAACACCACCAUCAUCAUCAUCAACAGCAGCAGCAGCAAUUCAUGAUCCAAUUCCAUUAACUCCUAAACAACAAACAGUUGAAGAAGUGUUAUUAACAAAUAUAAUUAAUGGUCGUACUCCAAGACCAGCUCCACCACCUCCAACACGUUCAGCAUUACCUUAUUCAAUUAAUGAUUUUCGACAAAGUUUUCUGCCUCGUUCAUCACGUAAUAUGAGACCAAGAAUAUUGGAUUUUGAAAUAGAUUCAUUGGCAACUUCUACACCUAGAGGAUCUAAUUUUUUAAGACGUGAUGGAGUUAGUGAAUAUACUACUGAUUCAAUUUUUGAUUUUGCUUAUAAAAGUGAAAAUUUUCAUGAUGCUGGUGAUUUUAUUGAUGAUAAAGCAAAAGAUGAUGUACUACAAGAAGAAGAAGAAGAAGAAGUUGAUGAUGUUGAAGAAGAAGAAGAAGAUGACGAUUUUAUGGAUUUAGAUGAUUAUAAAGCAGCAUCUGAUUCUUACUCAAUUACUGAUACUAAUAUUCAAAUAUUUAAAAAAUAUAAUCAUGAACGAAAAUCCCAACAAUUACAAGAAACAAAUACAGAUACAAGUCUAAUAGAUAAUCUUUUAAAUGAUUAUGAAUUUGACCAAACAGUUGAAGAAGUUAAACAAGUUAAACAAGUUAAAGAAAAUAAAGAUAAUUUAGAUCAAGCUGGUCUUGAAUCUAAUGAUGAAUAUAUUAAAAAUUUAGAAAUGAUAUUAAUUCAAGAAAAGCAAAAUUAUAAAAUUAAACAACAACAAAGGGAAAUUAAACAUUUACAAACAUUAUUAGAUUUUCAAAAUGAUUUAAAUCAACAUUUAUUAAAACGAUUAAAUAUCAAAGAUAAUCAUAGUCAUCAUCAUCAUCAUCAUCAUUCUAGAGAUCAAAGAUUAUUACCUCCAUUUCAUGUGAUGAGAAGAAGUAAUUCUCAAAAGGAAGAUCAAGACGAAAAUAUUUCUUUAGUUUCAAGUGAUUCUUUUAUAAUGAGUGAACAAUUUACAAGUUCGAGAUCAACUAGUAUUGAACAACUACGUACUUAA